ACAUUCCUGUACGCUCGUUGGAGGGCCGUGCGUAAAAAUUCAAUUGAUAAUGAGCCAUAGUAUGACUAAGUGAAAAGAUUACGUGUAUUACGAAAUAAUAGUAGUAGAGUAUCUAUAAUCAGUAUUUUAUAGUUGUCGACAUGGUAGACUUUUCCAGCCUAGGUACUUCGGCAAUGAUAUACUUCCGAGCCUUUUUCAUACCGGAUAAUGGACUCUACUCUCGUCAGAAAUGGAUUCUUGGCCUUAUAAAUUUAGCUGCUGUAGUAUUAUUUUGGGUAAUGUCAAGUUUCUUAGUUAAUAGUUUAGUAGAAGAUGAUACUUAUAGAAAACCAUUUUGGAUAACAUAUAUUAAUACUGGAUGUUUUAGCUUUUAUCUUAUAUCAUAUUUAAAAUUUGAGAAAUUAUCUAUUAAACAAUUUAUUGAGAAAAUGAAACAAGAUUAUGAUAAUAGAAAUAUUAGAGUACUAAAGCAUGAAGAUGAAGAGAAUUUAGUAUCAGAAUAUGGUUCUAAUGAUAAUCUUGCUGGACUUCAAACUCAAGCUGAAUCAGUUCUACAAGUUAUUGAUUCUAAUACUUAUGUUAAUGAACAAGAAAUUGGUAUUUAUGAGACCAUGACAUUAUCUAUUCAAUUCAUUGUAUUAUGGUUUUCUGCUAAUUUGGUUACUAAUGCUUCAUUAUCUUAUACUUCGGUAGCUUCUCAAACCAUAUUAUCAUCAACUUCAUCAUUCUUUACUAUGAUAAUUGGAUAUUUAUAUUCUGUUGAAAAAAUUAAUCAGAAUAAGCUUGUAGGUAUAUUAUUAAGUUUUACUGGUGUUUUAAUUGUUACUAAGAUUGAUGUAUCAGAUGAUAAUCCUAAUAAUAAAGUAUCUAAUUUACUAGUUUUAUGGGGUAAUGCACUUGCAUUAUCUGGGGCUUUAAUUUAUGGAAUCUAUACUAUCUUAUUAAAACAUAAGAUUACUAUAAAGAAUUCUCAUAAGGAAAGAAAUCUUAAUACUCAUCUAUUCUUUGGAUUUGUUGGGUUAUUUUGUUUGGUAUUCUUAUGGCCCAUAAUUAUAAUAUUACAUUUUACAAAAGUAGAAGUAUUUGAAUUACCUCCAACUUCUCAAGUUACUUAUGUAUUACUACUUAAUGCUUUUGUAACAUUUAUUAGUGAUUUCUGUUGGUGUCGUGCAGUACUCUUAACAAGUCCAUUAACAGUUACCGUAGGAUUAUCUAUGACAAUACCGUUGGCAAUGGUAGGAGAUUGGUUACUAAAAGAAUUUGUCUUAAACUGGUGGUACGUUUUCGGAGCCAGUGUAGUAACCAUUGGAUUUUUAAUCAUCAAUAAAGACGAAGAGGAAGACUUUGUAACAGACAGCUAGAUAGACUAU